AUGAGGUCCCUCAACAUCUUUCUUUCCCUACCUCUGUUGGCCUAUGCCCAGAGCAGCUCCACCAAUUUCCUUGGGUCAACUCCGAGUCAACGCCAUAUCAUCGACCAGGUUCAAGCGCUCCAGGUCAUCAACGCGGCUGCAACGAAGGCUGCGAACAUCUCAGUGGCCGAACAGAUUUCGGUUGUUGACCCAUCCGGUGCUCUUGUCGCAAUUCUGAAAAUGGACAAUGCCUUCCCUGCGAGCUUCGACAUCGCCACCAAGAAAGCAAGAACCGUUGCAGACUUUAAUGGGGCCUACACCACGGCCGACCUCUUCAACCUCACACAGCCUGGUGACGCUCUGUUCGGCCUGGAAGAGACCAACGGUGGACUGAUUGUCUUUGGGGGUGGGUUGCCCAUCUUUGUCGGCGGGGUUUUCAUUGGGGCGGUAGGCUGCAGUGGUGGAAGUAAUGACCAGGACGUGACCAUUGCAACUGCUGGUGUGAACGCCAUAGGCAGCGUUUCAUAA